AGAAAGGUUGACAAGUUUGUGCAUGCCGGGCGUGAUGUGGACUGUACAGACCCCCAAUGACUCUCUGGUACAACUGACACGCUCCUUUCAUUUUCAUUUCUCUUCCUCUCUUCCAUCUCUACUGCUGCCUCACAUAUUCGUUCCUUACUAUGACUAGCAGACACAUCGAUCCCACCACGUUAGCGUCCUUUGCUGGCGCCGCGGCCGGCCAUGAGGGAGUGCUCUCCGAUGCCAGUGGCGACCUGGUGAUUAAACCAUGUACGCCCGCUGAAGUCGCCUUUUACGAAGUCGUCAACGCUUCGCAUCCGGAACUCGCCUUCUACCUCCCCAGAUUCAUGGGCACGCUGCAAUUCGGUGAUCGAAGACCAGCUGCGGUAUCUCUUCCUGCAAACAGUGCAUCUGGAACACCUCAAGCGAAUACAGAUGUGAUUGAGGCCCAUGUCAUCAAUCUUCCAGCUACCCACGCACCUUCAACGUCGAUUCCACCUUCAGAAAUCUCACCUAGUGCGUCCGAGGUCCAAAGCACACCUGCCUCUUCGUCCUCCACUUCAGGCACAGCAGCUACUCUUAGUCUUGCGGAUCCAGGUCCCUUGAAGGGUAAAAAGCUUGACACAGAUCUGCACAUUGUCCUUGAGAACGUAUCCGCUGGGUUUACGCAGCCCAACAUAUUAGACCUGAAACUCGGGGCGCGCUUGUGGGACGAGGCCGCCAAGCCGGAGAAGCGGGCACGACUAGACAAAGUCGCCAGCGAGACAACAAGUGGUAGUUUGGGCUUUCGCAUCGCAGGCAUGCGCGUAUGGCAAGGAGAGGCGAAACCGGUGCCGCCAGCUCCCGGAGUGGAGAGGUUGGAGGACGUUGUGAGUGGGGACCGGGAAGUCAAGAGCCAGCAUUGGUCGAUAGAUAAGGAAACCAACCAUAAGAGCUACAACAAAUUCUACGGGCGCACCUUCACGGCGGAUAAUGUACUUCAGGGCUUCAAAGAAUACUUUCUCGUGCCGUCCGCGGGCAUUACUGAGGACCACGCGCGCAUCGUAUUGUGGAAUUUUUUGUCGGAGCUCAGGGAUAUAGAGCAGAUAUUGCAGUCCAAGGAGAGCAGAAUGUACUCUUCAUCACUGUUGUUCGUGUAUGAGGGAAACCCUGAGGCAUUUCAGAGAGCGCUUGACGCCAUCACGAAUGCUCCAGUGCCUAAGCGCAAAACCAACGAGUCGAAUGAGGAGGGAGAAGGAGACGACGACGAGGGAGAGGAGUAUGAUGACGACGAAGAAGAAGAUCUGCCCAAAGUGCACGCAGUGAAGUUGAUUGAUUUUGCACACGCCAAGAUCGAGGACGGGCUUGGUCCAGACGAAAACAUGCUGGCCGGAGUGAGAAGCACAAUCAGGAUUUUGGAAACCCUGCUCAAGGAGAUCUCUGCUUGAUCUGCUUGGAAUUGGAUGGAUACGACCGGCGAUUUUUAUUAGAGAUUUACAGUGAUACCCCCACAGCAAGGCUGGCUCUUGCUUUGCCCUCAAUUGAAAGAGUUGCAGUUCUGAUGGCAAAGGAUGCGUCUGUCCAUGUGCACGCGCGAGCGCUACAUGCCAUUCCCAUCUUCAUUUGCUAAAAAUUUACCUCCUUGGUCAGCUACAGAGCCGAUGUUUCUUUGGCACAAAUUGUACAGUACUCACUACAAGACGUUAUGCUAUAAACGGUCCGCAGAGCGAACGUAUAACGCGUUGUCUUCGAUUCAAGCUGCUCUACCCCAUAGGCGUGCAGCACCUCAUUCGCAAGGUCUCCUCUCGCCUUAUGCGAAGGAAUAUACGUGUACUCUGAAGAUUUUCCGCCGAAUUGGAGAUGCUUCGAAGACCAACAUGACCUCACCACGCUUGUCACACCGUCUGGCUCAUGCUCUUCCCCUUCUCACUCUUGUAAAUAGUUCUGAUCUUUGAAUUCUCGGUCUCUAGAAUUCUUCCAAUGACAGAUAGAAAUUUAUCGAAUUCUAUUGAACGAAUUCGG